AACGACAGCGAUAAAAUCCUUCACUUUUCUUUCUUUUAACGCGUUUGGUAUUCGGGAAAGUACCUACUGGGAAAAUUUGGAUUUUUCUCGAGAAAAACCCUAACCAUCCUAGACGAGAGUGAACUCUCGCCCCGCUUGUUGCCUGUUUUCUCGACGCCGCUGCGCUCGUGCUGAGAACGACCAUAUGCAUCAGUUGAGAUCGGCAAUCCGGCGACGAAGAUCGGAUUCUCCUAUUUCCGCCGAUGCUGGGAUGGAUCAAUAUGACAUGCAUGGACAUAGAAGGGAGAUGAAGCAUAAAGGAAAGAAUGUGGUGUGGUCCAUUGCAAUGGACAAAUGUCUAAUUGAAGCUCUUGUUAUUCAGGCUAAAAAUGGGAAUAAAAUAGACAAGUGCUUUAAUGAAAAUGCAUACACUGCUGCUUGUGUUGCUGUAAACACUCGUUUCAACUUGUCAUUGAACAACCAAAAAAUUGUUAACCGCCUGAAGACAAUUAAGAAAAGAUAUAAAAUAAUGAGGGAUAUGCUAAGUCGAGAUGAGUUCACUUGGAAUCCAAAUACCAAGAUGAUCGAGUGCGAUAAUGAUGAUGUUUGGAAAAGAUACAUUGCGGCGCAUCCUGAUGCAAGGGGAUUUCGAGGAAAGCAAAUUGAGAUGUAUGAUGAAUUGAAAAUAGUCUGUGGAAAUUAUCAAGCGCCUAGUCGUUGGGCUAGGAUGACUGGAAACAUAAACGGAAGCCAGCCAACUGACAUCAAGAAUUGUGAAGAAGAUUCUGCUUCGUACUUUUCCCCAAGUUCAGAGGACCUAAGUGAGACAGAUGGAACAGAGUCAUAUACUAGACAGCCACAAUAUUCGCAGAUGCCAGAUGGUAGUCAAGGUCCUCCACUGAUCCAGCCUCUGUCACAGAUUCCAAAACGGCAACGUGGCUCAGAGGCAAUUCAGGAUGCAAUGUUGGAAGUGGCAUCAAGCAUUCGCCACUUGGCUGAUGCACUAGAGCGAAGCAAAAGUACAAUUGAUGCCCCUGAACUUUUACGUGCUGUGAUGGAAAUUGAUGGCUUGGAAGAGGCUAAACAAAUGUAUGCUUUUGAAUAUCUGAAUGCUGAUCCCAUCAAAGCCAGGGCUUUCAUGACAUACAAUGUUCGAAUGAGGAAGAUAUUUUUGUUUCGUCAGUUCUGGUGGUGGAAGUGAUGCUCAGGUGCUCCCUUGGAACCUUAGUGUAGAUUCAGAGAGGAGAGACUUCAUCAGUGGAUUUUUACUCAUCACUUUGUGUUGAUCGUCUCUGGCAAAUGUUUGGGGCACAUUUUAGUUUUGCGGUGGAGGAAUGUGUAGAUAUCACGCUAUUACAGAGUUCCCUAAGUGGGUAGAAGCUGUUAUUCUAGAUGAAGAUUUUGUGCCCUCUCUGCAAAAUCUGAAGUGGAGCUUAUCAGUAGAUUUGUGAGGAUGACGUUUCUGGGAAUCAAAAGGUAAAGAAGAGCUAGACUUUUUGAUCUUCCUGCUGAUGGCAUUACUUGGUGAUAUUCUCUCCUUUAGCUGAUUAAAAUUUCCCUGUUAGGGGGACCUUAAUGGGCCGAUUGGGCACUUUAACUGGCUGAGGUGCCUCUGCUUUCAGCACAAUCUUUUCACAAUAGGUUCUGUUUUGUUUAUCCAGGUUUUUCCCGUAAUGGGUUGUAUAUAAGAUUAUGUUUGUAUGUUAUCUGCAAAUCCUAGUCUAAAUGUUCUUGGGUUAAACUCUCCCCGCCAUCACAAUUACCUAUUGUGGGUUGGCCCAAGUUGAUCUGUCAAUGGACUUUGGAUUAAUGUCAGGUCAAAAGUAAUUUUUCCAA